AUAUUGUUAUUCCAGCAGCGACGACGCCUGCCCUCUGCCGGCAGGCAGUGGAAUUGCACCUCAGAGUCCCCAGCGCGCAUGCUCAGUUCAAGCACCGCGCCACAGGAAGAUGGCGUCUAACAACGGCGGCGGAAUGGAGGUGGACGGGGCCGCUAGCCCCAGUGUGAUGGCCUCUGGAGUGACCGGUUCUGUCUCGGUGGCUCUGCACCCGCUGGUCAUCCUCAACAUCUCUGACCACUGGAUCCGCAUGAGGUCCCAGGAGGGGAGGGCUAUGCAGGUGGUGGGAGCUCUGAUUGGGAAGCAGGAGGGCAGGAACAUCGAGGUGAUGAAUUCCUUCGAGCUGCUCUCUCACAGCGUGGAGGACAGGAUCGUCAUCGACAAGGAGUACUAUUACACCAAGGAGGAGCAGUUUAAGCAGGUGUUUAAGGAGAUGGAGUUCCUGGGCUGGUACACGACAGGCGGCCCUCCCGACCAAUCAGAUAUCCUAGUGCACAAGCAGGUGUGUGAGAUCAUCGAGAGCCCCCUCUUCCUCAAGCUGAACCCCAUGACCAAGCACACAGACCUCCCAGUCAGUGUGUUUGAGUCAGUCAUUGACAUCAUCAAUGGAGAGGCCACCAUGCUGUUCGCUGAGCUCACCUACACUCUGGCCACGGAGGAGGCGGAGCGCAUCGGCGUGGAUCACGUGGCCCGCAUGACGUCCACGGGGAGCGGAGAGAACUCCACAGUAGCGGAGCUCCUCAUCGCCCAGCACAGCGCAAUCAAGAUGCUGCACAGCCGGGUCCGAGUCAUACUGGAGUAUGUGAAGGCCGUGGAAGCAGGCGAGGUCCCAUUUAAUCAUGAGAUCCUGCGGGAGGCGAAUGCUCUGUGUCACCGACUCCCAGUCCUCAGCACUCACAAGUUCAAGACAGACUUCUACGAUCAAUGUAACGAUGUGGGCCUCAUGGCGUAUCUGGGCACCAUCACCAAGUCCUGUAACAGCAUGAACCAGUUCAUCAACAAAUUCAACGUCCUGUACGACAGGCAGGGGAUCGGACGCAGAAUGAGGGGGCUGUUCUUCUGAGACACCCCGAAACUGAGGGGGGGGGUCCCAGCUCAGGGGCGGGAAUGAGACGGUGUGAUCCAGUCCUGGUUUCACUGUGAGUUUAAUAAUAAGACACACCAAGCUUGUUCCCAGACACACUGUGGGGAGAUCAAGCUGGCAGCAAUAAAACCUGGACUGGAUCACGCUGCUGUGGAACAGGAGUCUCCUGCAUGUAGUAAAACCUGGACUGGAUCACCCUGCUGUGGAACAGGAGUCUCCUGCAUGUUUUGCCGUUUCUGUCGUUGCAAUGCCUUUUCCAAAUAAAAAAUAAAUAAAAAAUGUAAAAUAAAAUGUGAUUUGAAUUCGUG